AUGGAAGUGGACAACGAAGCGCCAGUAGCGGGUCCGAGCUUAGCUGUCCCAUCUGCAGCUGCUGUACCGACAUCGAUGUCCGCCCUUCCUCCAGCACCAGCACCAGCGACGGCAGCUCGGUCGUCAGACAGAGCACGUCGACCCUCUGCUCUUGCUCUCGCAGCAAUGAAUCGGCCCUCAUCGUCAGAUUCAGAUGACGAUGCGGAUUCAGACUCGGCCUCUGAUGGAGGUAGCACUGCGCGCAGACGACGAAAGAGGACUGCGCCUAGCACAGCAGCGGCAGGUGGCUUCUCGGUUGCCAGGCAAUCGGCUAGAGCUGCUGCCGUGGCUGCUGCUGCAGCUGUCUCCGAGCAGACUCGAGCUGAAGGCGGUGGAGGACCAAGCAGAAAGGGUACAAAUAAUGGCGGGGCUGGUGCUGCCAGUCUAUUGGGCGGCGGUCUGGCGAGAAGGUUGAAGCUCAACCUGAAAUCUACGAUUGGCAGCGCGGGAGGAAGUACUUCGGGCACGGGACCAAAGAAUGAGGCAUACAUGCAGGGCUACACCAGGGAGCUGGAUGAUUCAGAUGAUGAUGACGAAGGUGUCGCCAAGGCUGUGACGAAAGAUGGACCGGAAGCUCAAGAUGGCAAGGGAUCUGGCGUCGCCUUUGAAGAGCAGCUCAUUCUAAGACUUGCUGCUGGCAGCCCAGAACUCGAAACCUUGAGAGGAUGGGUCAAAAAUCGUGCAGUUGGGACAGACAAGGCGAAUGUCGAGCUCAAGUUUAAAGGUGAGCGAGUGUACAAGCGUCGUACCCGCUACAUGCCAUGCGAAACUGCUGACCUUGUUGGCACCACAUUUAGACUCUCGUAGAGCGACGUUCAAGAUCGGUAAUACGACGUUGCCGGCCAAAUUGGUUGACCUGCCCACGAUUUUGGAGACGCACAAGACGCUGGACGGUCGUCAACUGUUCAAGGUUGCCGAUAUCAGUCAGAUGCUUCUCGUCGGAGGUGAUGGCGACAGAAGGGAGGAAGAGGAAGACGUAAACGAUCGCAAAGGCGGAGGUGCCGACGCGUACGUCUGGGACAGCGGUAUCACACCUCCAAUGAGAUACGCGAGGAAGAGGCGCUUCCGUAAGCGCACCAACAAGCGUGUGAGCGAUGUUGGAGUGUGGCGUAUUUUUGGUUGCACUUCAUGGACUUGGCCCACGUUCCUGUGCACAGGUCAUUGAAACGGUCGAAAAAGAGGUCGAAAGGCUGCUAGCAGACGACAAGCGGGCAGAGAAGCUCGAGUACGGUGAGUCGUGGCUCGUCAGACUGCGAUACCCGCUUUGCACCCGCUCACGCUGCACGAUCAUGUUGCACAGAAAUGAUCGACGUGGCCGAUCUAUCUGAUGGUGGUGGAGACGAAGAGGAGGUUCAAGGUGGCGCUGGAGAAGGCGCUUCGAUGGUCGGCGAUGAAGAUGGCGAGAGGGAUGAGGAAGAUGGCGAAGAUGACGGAGGCGAAGGCGGUGAAGACCGAGACGGAUCGGUAGCUCCUACUGAAGGUGAAGGGCGGGAAGAGUAUAUAGACGAAGAAGAGGGCGAAGGUGAAGGUAUGGUGGAUAUGGCGCUCGCUGCAGAAUUGGAAGCUGUGAUGCGAGGCGAGGCGUCAGAUUCGGAGUCGGGCUCAGACGAAGGCUCGGCUUCUGUCACCACUUCGAACACGCGGGGCGGUCGAGGACGAAGCGUUUCUGCCAGAGCUACCUCGGAAGAGGGAGAUGGAGAUCUCUGGGGAGAUGAGGACGAAGAGGACGAGUCUGGAGGAGAGGACGAUGAGGAAGCUCGAGAAGGGGAUGAUCAAGAUGGGCCAGAUCUGGACGAUGAUGAUGAUGUGGAUGCGGAAGAGAGCGAACGAAGAGUGAGAGAAUCUCAAGUGGAAGCGGCGGUCAAGGAGAUGGAAUUGCUGGUCAAACGCAAGACGAACGAAGCAAACGCUGCUACCAAUGUCGUGAUCAAGGUGAGUGCCAGAAUUCUGUGACAUUUUUCUUCAGCUAGUGAAACGUCUCUCUGACGUGCUGCUGCUCGCCGCGCGCUGCAGAAUCGCCAAUUGGACGCCUUGAAGCGCCUGACGACGGAGCGCGAUCUCAAACAAGCACAAUUACAAGAGAUUCGCAGCGAACGAAGAGCGCGCGCCCAAGUACGAGCGAAAGAAGCAGCUGAUGCGGAUGCUGCUCUUCAAGAGAAUGAAACCGGGCGCGCAGCCGAAUCCGAGGCGGACGAGCACGGCAUGGACGUGCAGCAAGAAGAGGAGACGAAGGAUCAUGGAGACGAGCUAG